CAAACGUAAAAUCUCUCACUGGGAAAUUUCUCCUCUUCUCCUUCGUUGCCCUCCCCUAAUCGAUUUUCUUCUGAUCCGUAGCAAUCGAAAAGCUUGGUUUCUAGAUUUCGAAGAAUCUAAUCCCUGAUCUGUGUAAUUUACAUGGGUUUAAUCGGGUAUUGGGCCAUGGAUAGUGGAGCACUCAACAUCAAGAAAUGGGUAGUGAUGUAUCCAGUCUAUAUUAACUCAAAGAAAACUGUAGCUGAGGGAAGGAGAAUCAGUUUGAGUAAAGCAUGUGAGAACCCUAAUUGCAUUGAGAUUAGUGACUGUUGCAAGCAUUUGAAACUCCCUAGUGCUGUCGAGAUUGACAAAGCGUACCCGCGAGAUUUCAUGCAAGUAGGGAGAGUGAGAGUGCAGUUGAAAAGGGAAGAUGGCACUUUACUCAAUCCAGCCAUUACUUCAAGGAAGCAACUGAUGCAGAAAAUUGCAGAGCUGGUGCCGAGACAUCCGGAGAGAGUGAAGAAGCAAGAAUCUCAGAAAGCGAAGAAGCAGGAACCUCAGGCCACAACUUCAACCUCUGGAACUUCUUCAAAGUCAGGCAAAGGUGGCAAGAAGAAGAGAUAAACAAGCCCUCUCUCUCUUUCUCUCUACUCCCUCUGUCAAUCAUUUUUCUCCUCGCAUCAGAUUCUAUGGCUUUUAAUUUUUAGAACUUACAGAGAAAACACAACAGUGUUUCAAAGAGAACAUAGUUUUUUUUCAACCCCUAAGCUAUCGUUGGUUUCAUCACUGUGCUUACAUUUUUUGACAGCAUCCAUAGAU